CAUAACCGAAUUGCCGACCGAUCCGACGACUGAGGAAUCAAUUUGAACAAAGCGACCAUGUCUGACGAGGAAAGCCUCAACUACCCGCUCUUCCGUGAUUGUCUCUCAGCCACCAUUCUCCAGCCCGUCCCCACGCCGGAGCCGAAACGCAGGCGGCGAGCCAAGGCGGGGCGCACAUCACCAACCCCGACUCCGGCCCCGGGUCCGGACCAGGAUGCCGAAGAGCUCGCCGACUUCAUUGAUUACCUGGCCGAUGGAAUCUUUCAGAAUCUCCCGCAGGAUCUACAGGAGCUGGACUACCGCUCGUGGAGGGAAUCUGAGGCACUACAGGCACAGUAUUUCUUGCCAUUGACACCAGACAGCCUGUCGAAGCUUGACUUGCCAUCUUCCAUCUGCGAGACUCUUAUCACAUACAGUCUCAUAGCUCCGGACCCGGCUCAGCCUUCACAUCUCCCACCCACACCCGAAGCGUUCCUGCUUCCCAUCCUGACCGGAUACCUCACCCCUCUUAUUGAACCACCGCCAGCCACAACAUCCACUCGCACAGACGCCUGUGAGCUUUGCGAGCGAUCCUGGAUCCCUCUGUCGUAUCACCACCUCAUUCCUCGAUUUGUGCAUGACAAAGCUGUAAAGCGCGGAUGGCACCGCAAGGAAGAUCUGCAAAACGUGGCAUGGCUUUGUGGUGCGUGCCAUAGGUUUGUGCACCGGUUCAAGAAUCAUGAGGAUCUGGCGAGGUAUUAUUAUACAGUGGAGCUUUUGCUGGAGGAAGAAGAAGUCAGAAAGUUUGCAGAGUGGGUUGGGAGGUUGCGCUGGAAGGGAGGUAAGACGAGAAGUAAGAGGUAUUAGACGUGGCGGAGGAAGAUGUGACUUUUGAAGGGUUCCGCGGCCUGCAUCUAUCCUGACCUCGAGGCAAGAGGUAGGAUGGGCUUUUGAUAUGUGCGAGCGUUAUUUUCACUGAUAGCUCUCUUCUUUUAACUGACAUUUGUCGAGCAUUCAAGAUGCAGCAUCUUGGUCCGUAUAACGUGCGAGUGAGAGAAUGGAAUAGUGUCGCUUAUAUGAGAUUCGUGAUGGGGUGUAGAGAAGACGUAUGCUAGUCGUAUCUUUAAUCAUUAAAUUCGAA